GAACAGUAACGUUACACCCCUAGUCGUCAGCCGCCCAGCCUCCGCAUCCACAUCCUACUGGAGCUAAAGCUACGGAACUUAGCUUGCGCCGCUAGCCUUAUAGUGUGUGUUUGUGUGUAUACGAAACGCUUGCUACCGUCAAAUGAAAUUAUUAUUGUGUAUUCAUAUCGAAGCGUACAUAGUCACAAAUAUUUGAAUUGUACGAAAUUACAAAAAUGAUGACUGAAUAGUCCGUUGUUAAAUCGUUACGCGUAGAAAAUUGCUACCAAUCCUAGCUAACUUGUAUAGCUUGCUAACAUCAUAACCAAGAGUCUGCUGAACCCUACAUUAUACAUUGUGGGCUGCUUCAAGCUACACCUCUUGAUGGAUUUCGUUUGAACACGUAUAUCUCAAGUGUGGGAGACAGUGGGGAAAGCUGGACCCUGUGUCGGUAACAUCUAUAAUAUCUAGAGCUCUCUCAAUUGCAUUCCUGCAACUUGUCACAGCCCAUUUAACCAACCAUAACGAGUAUUGAAAGGAGUAAAGAAUUUGGCUUCCCCGUCGCUAGGCCACGCUAUGAUCAGCGCCACUGAUCCCACCUGGUCGAUUGGGACAAGACUCCCACAAAACCAUGCGCUCCAAAUGAUAUGAUAGUAGCAGCUUGGAUCACUUUCUGUGCCUGCAGGAGCCUUGUGCAGGUUCUGCUCUUCCUUUCCUCCUCCAAACCCCCUCGUUCAUUCUGGGAGACCCUCGCCAGGGCCGUCUCCGGCACAGUAACUAUGGGUAACAGCUGUGUGUGCCGAGAGGACAGUGACUUGGAGGACCACUACCACGGCUCAUCGAGGGCCGUCCGAGGGCAGACCCGCCGGGUGGAUCAGGGAACGGGAGCCACCGUAGACACCAGCGAGACCAGGAGCAGCCGGCCGAGGGACCCGGUGAGACCACCGCGCCGCGGGCGGGGACCCCAUGAGCCAAGACGGAAGAAGCAGAAUGUAGACGGGCUGGUGCUGGAUACACUCUCUGUCAUCAGGACUCUUGUGGACAAUGAACAAGAGCCCCCCUACUCCAUGAUCACCUUGCAUGAGAUGGCAGAGACAGACGACGGCUGGCUGGAGGUUGUGCAGUCUCUAAUCCGAGUGAUUCCAUUGGACGAUCCCCUGGGUCCUGCUGUGAUCACCCUCCUGCUCGACGAGUGCCCCUUACCCACCAAGGAUGCUCUCCAGAAGCUCUCAGACAUGUUGAGUCUGAGUUCAACUGUGGCGCGUCAGGACGCUCUUAGCCCAGCGAAACACAGGAACACCACCGCUGUCCUGGGCUGCCUGGCAGAGAAACUGGCUGGACCCGCUAGUAUCGGACUAUUGAGCCCUGGAACUCUUGAAUAUCUUCUGGAGAGCCUGAGCUCUGAGGCCCACCCUACAGUCAUGCUGUUUGCUCUCAUUGCUUUGGAGAAGUUCUCCCAGACCAGUGAAAACAAGCUGACCGUGUGUGAUUCGUGUAUCAGUGAACGUCUCGCUGUUCUGGAGUUGUGGGCGGAGCAGUCUGAUUACCUCAAGAGACAGGUUGGAUUCUGCUCCCAGUGGAGUCUGGACAACCUCUUCCUGAAGGACAGUCGACAGUUCACCUACGAGAAGGUCAACCUUACGCACAUCAACGCUAUGCUGAACAGCAACGACGUCAGCGAGUACCUGAAGAUCUCCCCUACCGGCCUGGAGGCGCGGUGCGACGCGGCGUCCUUUGAGAGCGUGCGCUGUACGUUCUGCGUGGACUCUGGCGUGUGGUACUACGAGGUGACGGUCAUCACCUCCGGGGUGAUGCAGAUCGGCUGGGCCACCAAGGACAGCAAGUUCCUCAACCACGAGGGUUACGGGAUAGGAGACGAUGAGUACUCGUGUGCAUACGAUGGCUGCAGGCAGCUGAUCUGGUACAACGCCCGCAGUAAAGCCCACUCUCACCCCUGCUGGAAGGAAGGUGAUGCUGUUGGGUUCCUGUUGGACCUCAGCAAGAAGCAGAUGAUCUUUUCCUUGAAUGGUCACCAACUGCCCCCAGAAAAACAAGUCUUCUCCUCAGCCACGUCGGGCUUCUUUGCGGCGGCCAGCUUCAUGUCCUACCAGCAGUGUGAGUUCAACUUUGGGGCCAAGCCGUUCCGCCACGCGCCCCCCGUCCGGUUCAGCACCUUUAACGACUUUGCCUCCCUUUUGCCCACCGAGAAGAUCAUCCUGCCCCGACACCGUCGCCUGGCCCUGCUAAAGCAGGUGAGCAUCCGGGACAACUGCUGUACGCUGUGCUGUGACAUCAUGGCCGACACAGAGCUGCGCCCCUGUGGACACGGUGGUAUAUGCAUGGAGUGUGCCUUACAGUUAGAGACCUGUCCGCUGUGCCGCCAGGACAUCCAGACCCGCGUCAGACUGAUUGCACACGUGUCCUGACACAGCCCCUGACGCCUCACACCAGGACACGCUCAGCCCCCCCCUGGGCCCCGCACCUCCACGCCCCGGGGCCCCGGCACGGGUCCCCGGGCACGGCCACGCUUGAAUGGGAAGGGACUGGCACAGGUGAGGGACAUCGGGUUGGGGGAGGACAGGAGAACCCGAGCAAGGGUCGUUGGGAAGGGUGGAUACCUUGGAGCCUUUUCUGGAACUGCCCCAGCUCACUGCUGGUGAGAGGAAGAUGUCCGCAAUUCACCUGCUUGAUUGUUCUGGAACCAGAAGGAAGAAUGGGAGGAGCUUAUUCAAUCACAUUACAAAUGGCAAGAUUUUUUUUUAUAGCAGCUCAUAGACUACUUCUAUUUACGCUGUUUUUACAUCAGAUUUAAACGGUGUGUGUGUGUGUGUGUGUGUGUGUGUGUGUGUGUGUGUGUGUGUGUGUGUGUGUGUGUGUGUGUGUGUGUGUGUGUGUGUGUGUGUGUGUGUGUGUGUGUGUGUGUGUGUGUGUGUGCGUGCGUGCGUUCCAUGUCAUUCCUGAGAAAAGUUCUUAAAAGUUAAGAACGUUUCCUUCAGAAAGCCUUGCGUAAUCGGUAGGUUAGAUUGGCCAUCUGACUUGAUCGCACUGUUUGUGUUGAGCCUGUGAGUGAUGAAAUGAUACCCAAGGUGCAAUACUAUAUUAUUUCAUCAUCAUUAUAUAAUCAUAGCACAGUCACAGACUUGCUUACUACACUAUUGCAAAGAAAAUGGACUUUCACUGAAAUCAAAUCCAUUGAAAAGGCCUCCUUACAAAACCUCUGUCAUCUACAUGGUAUCUCCUGGAACUACAAUUGGUAUGAAAACACCAUCCAACCAACACAGCUCUGGCAUUUCUCUGUGUCCUUUCAGCUUGUCAUGGUCAGACACAUAUUACCUGCAGGCAGCCUGGUGAGAUUAGGCAACAUGUUUUAAUUCAUUGAUAAUGAUUAACUGAAAAGGCCUCCUAACAACAAAACCUUUGUUAUCUAUAUGAUACCUCCUGGAACUAUAACUUUGUCAAUGUGCGGUCUGCCAUUAUGUCGAAUUUGCAUUGACUACAGUUUAAUGGGGUCACUAAUUUAUUAUGAAAGUAAUUUGUACAAACCCCAUGUGAUGUUGCUGUCCCAUGUGCUUUAAAUAAUUGUGCAAUUUGAUGUUGACACCUGGCUAGUUUACAGUAGGCUACAGGUAGUGGGCUAUAGGCAGCCAGCGAGCUUUCAGUUGAUGAGAGCAAAGAGCCGUCGGGAUUCUGUGUUGUAUCUGCCAAUAAGUAAGCUGUUUAAGUAUAGUGAAUUUCCAAUGAUUUUUUCGACUAUUUUUCCUUCUACAUACCCAUACACAAUAUCAUCAGUCAAUGCAUCACACAAAUGAAGGUACUAAAAAUAAAAAUAAAAUAUCCCCAUGGUAAAAACAAUGGACACUUUCACAGAGAUGUCAUCAUAGGUGAGGCAAAGCUCAUAUUACUAAUUUUGGGUUGUCUCCUUUUGUGUAGCAGGAUUAUCUUCACUUUUACACACAAAUACCGUGCCCAGGUACCUAAACUGAGAAGAAUCAUGAUUGGUGUUUUGAGAGACAACGUUUCUCCUACGAUAAUACUUCUGUGAAAAGGGCUUUAACAGGCCCCACUGUAGACUCGAAAGGCCUCAGUCUACAUUGAGUCGUAGUGAAUAUAGUAUAAUACCAUUUGAUGCUACAUUACUAAAAACAACCUGCAUUUACAAGCUUAUGAAUUGGAUGAUGCUGAAUUCCGAAAAAAAUAUGUUAAUACUCUUGAGAAUAUUUGCUGUCUCUCCAUUUUCUCUCGUUCUUCGUCCUUUCUCUUCAUUUUUCUCAUAUUCUACCCGGCCUCCUCCCUCAUUCUCUCCCGGCGUUGUUUACUUGAAAGACCUCUGGUUUGACUGAAUAUCGAUUGUUGAUAUAUCUUUUUUUGAUUUCCAAUAUGUUAUAUUAACACAAUUAUGAUUGAAGAAAAAUAUAUAACUUUAUAAAAGUGAAAAGCUUUAUUGAAUUGAGAGCUGGGAAAAGUUCUUAAUGCUUAUUUUUUCUUUAAUCAAAUCAUUUAGCUCAAACAAUUGUUAAUGGUUCCCAAUCUUACAAUAUUGCAUGUAAUUGGUUUCUAAAGCCAUUCAAACAACUAGCGGGAUUUCUAUGUAUAUGCAUUUCUGAGAAUGAAAAACACAUGGUUAUUGUUUGCUCUUUGAGCACUUUGUACAUCCCAGAGCACCUUGAACAUGGAAGAAAAAAAAUACAAUUCAUCUCCGGGGCAGAAAAUAUUAAUUCAAGACUGUAAGAAAUUGUGAGUUUUACUUAAACAUCUAUAUUGAAUAUUUUGGCCCUGGGUUUCCAAAGAUGUGAUUUAUUAAAGAAUUGUUGUUCCCUGGAUUGUGAUAUUUGUAAUAAUUGUAAGUUCUAUUUGCUGGAUUGCCCUUAUUUUAAGUGGAAAAAAUGGCAUUUCAUGACAUAAACCCAUGAAAUUUGUAAUGCAAUGUUAUGAACUGUAAUAUGCUGUAUUAUAAAUGGAAAAAGAAAAGAA